GUAUUAUUUUCACAACCAAGACUUCAGUUUCAUACACAGAAAACAUAUUAUCUCGGUAAUGGAAUGUGAAGCAUCUUUAAGUAACGUAACGGAAAAUAACGGACAAGCUAUGGACUGUCCAUCAACGCCGACGAUCGUUUCUUCUGACUCUAAUACAGGCGAUCCAAUGCUGAUCAUACCUAACGUCAGUCCGGAAAAGAAGCACCAGAUAUCGGAACUCAGCCUUGCAAAUGACCAAGAAAUAUCAGGAAUCGCUCCUGAAAACGAACCACCACUCAAAUCCAGAGAUUGUACACCAGUGCAUCACGGUGUUGGUGCAGGAGAUACAUCAGUGACCGAUGAUGAGAUCGAGGUGAUUUGCCGAUACUCUUCACCAAAGAUCGACAUAAUCCACGCGGAACAGGCGCCUGGGACAGAGGGCGACUGUUUAAGUCUCCAAAAAUGUCAAGGAUCGGAAGGAAAUUCUGCAGAAAUUGGGAAGAUGCCAGUCCUACAAAAUCAACAGAAGCACGAGGAGUCAAUUGGACAAGAACAACAUAUUGUUUGUAAUCCAGCGAUGUAUCCUCAUCUAUUUUACACAUCUAUGAUGAUGCCCCGACAAGAGUCACAGGAUUCAAUAGAUGUUGGGAGACAAACACACAUUUCCGAUAUGAAUGGUCAGUUUUUACCAAUAGAUUAUGGACAGAGUUCAACCUUUCCUCACAAUCAAUAUCUAUCCGUACAAUACAACAUGCCAUUAUCAGGAAUGUCACCCCCUGUGUGUUAUGGUGAUUCAAGAAGUUAUAUUCAACCCCCUGCCCCGGGACAAAAAACCGAAACAGUCCAGGGAGAAGGACAACCCAAUAUGUAUGGACUUUUGCAUGUACCGCAGCAGCAUUCGAAUGGAACGUCGGAAGAUUCAGUGAGUCAUGAAACGGAAGCAGAACAACAUAAAUCACCACCACCUCACCCGGCAUUCGACCAGCCUCUGCCAUUUUGUCACCAGAUCGAUGACUACCAAGGCAAUAUGUACCCAAGAUUUUCUGAGGAACCAUUUACUUCACAACCGGAAAUGCAAACUUUUGUGUAUCCAUCAAUUUACGUGUCAAAUUCGGGGUUGAUAACUGUCAUGUUGAAACAUGACGUAUCUGUUGAAAUGACAGUUGACCGGACGAUACGUGUAGUUAGUCAUAACCAGAAAAUGGCCGUGGCUACUAACAGUCGAGGCACCGCAAGCAUCAUGCAUCAUCCGUGUGCAAAAGCUUACCAAGAACAUACGACUACAGAUUUACAUGUAAACAACGUCAAUGCGAAAAUGACAACUAAUUACAUUUUAUUUGGAUCUGAUUCAAAUUGUUACAAAUUUGAUUUCAAGAACAUUGAAGUUGCUUCUCCUCGUUUCACAAAUCUUGCAAAUGACAAGACAGUUGAACUCUUGUUUGCUUCGGAAGCUUUCGGAAGCAAUUUGGUCGCACAAUGCCUGCAUAUUGCUGGCAUAGCAGAGUACGAAAAUCUACCAAAGGGAGGUCUUAUCAUCAGAAUCAACGGAGCUAAGAUUACACAAAAUGGACGUGGUGAGGUAUCUGUUGUUACGGGACCAAAAUUUUUAAAAGUUUCUCCAGGAAUGGGUACAAUGCGAAUCAACACCCAUUUCGCCGAGAUAGUUGUAGACAAAGAUGGAAUUUUGAACGUGCGGAGAGGAAACCAUGAGGUAAACUCAUCCAAUGGAAGUUUAGUACUUUCGAAUGGUAAAAUUGAAGCUGGUUUUGAUAGAGAUGGAAAACUUAAGGCGUGGUCACUACCAAGAAGAACUCCUCUUGAAAUUACUCGGGACCAUCGCAAACCCCGACCGGGAAACCCAAGAAGGAAAGCGACCGCUCUUGGCGGUCAAUACUGACAAUACUGCCCGUCCACAGUAAUAGUGAAAUAAACUAUCCCAAAGACUUUAAAACCGUAAAAUAAAAUCAGUAGAAUAUAAAAAAGACAAUGUUUUAAUGAAGACCACAACCAGAGAUUUUAUUUAAGAAUUGACAAUACAUUUAUUCAUUUCAGAUUACAAAAUGGCAUUGUCACAUAUUUUGUUAUUUUGAUAAUUUUUUUUUCUUUAAAGACGAUAAUACACACAUAACUUUCGAUAA